UCCCUCUACGAGUCAAAGCCUCCGGUGUCAAGGGCUAAAAUGGCAAAAAUCACGAAACUGGCUUUAAAGAGUGUAAAAUAUUACAAGCACAUAGUACAAAUUGUUGAAAAGUUUGUUUUCAAAUCACCUGCAGAAUACAAAAUACCUGGAUUGUAUGUGAUGGACUCCAUUGUGAGGCAGUCCCACCACCAAUAUGGACAGGAGAAGGAUGUCUUUGCAGAGAGGUUUUUGAGAAACUUGUCGAGGACAUUCGAACAUUUUCUGCAUUGCCAAGAACAAGAAAAGGCAAAAAUUGUAAAAGUGCUCCAGCUGUGGCAGAAGAACUCCACAUUUCCUGCAGACACUGUUCAGAAGUUGCUCGAGACCAUUGAAAAAGAUUCUUCUGUUCGUUCUACCACCAUCUGGCUUGGGCACUUGAACAAGCACACUACUGAGGAGGAGCUGAGAAAUGAACUGCAUAAGUUUGGAAGUAUCGUCUCUAUGAAUUUGAUACCUCCUCGAGGAUGCUCCUACAUUCAGUUCAGUCAGAGAGGAGAGGCUGAGAGAGCUCUGAAACAUCUGAGAGACUUCAGACUUCGUGGCAGUAAGUGUAAGGCUGCCUGGGCCAUGGGUGCUGGAUUGAAGGAGGUCGAAAAGUUCAAGACACACUGGAGCACGGAGAAGGGGGUGUCGAACAUUCCCUGGUCGCAAAUUGACGGGUCUCUGAACUUGGAUGAGUUAGCUGCCGGUGGGGUCCUCGUAGAGGAGUCCCUGUCCCAAUCUAUCGCCAGUUAG